ACGCAAAGUAUUCUUCUUCUGAUGGUUUACCUUUGUCAGAUCCUACUUUAUACCGUACUAUUGUUGGGAGCUUGGUAUAUCUCACUAUUACUCGUUCAGAUAUUGCAUAUGUUGUUCAUGUUGUUAGUCAGUUUGUUGCUUCUCCUACUACAGUUCAUUGGGCAGCGGUUCUUCGUAUUUUGAGGUAUCUUCGGGGUACAGUCUUUCAGAGUCUUUUACUUCCAUCCACCUCUUCCUUGGAGCUGUGUGCAUACUCUGAUGCUGAUCAUGACAGUGAUCCCACAGAUCGCAAAUCUGUUACUGGUUUCUGUAUCUUUUUGGGUGAUUCUCUUAUUUCUUGGAAGAGCAAGAAACAAUCUAUUGUUUCUCAAUCUUCAACCGAAGCAGAAUAUCGUGCUAUGACAUCUACUACCAAAGAGAUUGUUUGGUUACGUUGGUUACUUGUAGAUAUGAGAGUUUCUCUUUCUCAUCUCACUCCUAUGUAUUGUGACAACCGGAGUUCUAUUCAGAUUGCUCACAACUCGAUUUUUCAUGAACGAACUAAGCACAUUGAGAUCGAUUGUCACCUUACUCGUCAUCAUCUCAAGCAUGACACCAUUACUUUUCCCUUUGUUUGUUCUUCUUUGCAGAUUGCAGAUUUCUUUACCAAGUCGCAUUCUAUUUCCCGUUUUCGUUUUCUAGUUGGAAAACUCUCGAUGCUUGUCGCUGCUACAUCGUGAGUUUGAGGGGAGAUGUUAAGAAAUAUAGGGUUAUUUUAUUUAUUAAGGGUAGAAUA